UUCUCUGCUUCUCACUGCUUAAAUAAUCUUGUGACCCGCUGUUCUUUUACCACAUCUCUGCUCCCUGUGUCUCUCUCUCUCUGUCUCUCUUGUAGCUUCGGAUCAAAACAAGCGAAUCUUUCUCCCCAUGUCUCUGUCCUUUCUUUGGUAGCUGAAAAAAAAUAUAAUAGUAACAUGAAGAAAGUGAAAAACUUUCAUUCGUACAUACAUGAAUGUAUAUCAUUCUUGAUUAAGUUUUAAGCUCUAUUUCUCUUUUAAAGUAGCUUUGCUUUGAGGUGUGUUUUCUUUGAAUUCAACUGAUUUUGAUAGUUUUAAUUUUUACGGGUGAAAAAAAUUAUUGUACCCACUUCACAGAUAGUGGUGUUUCAGUACUGAGUUCAGCUUUGGAGGACCAAUUGUUUCUGUUUUUAUGGUCAGAGAAAGCUCAGAUUUUUAUCAGGGUCCCCGAAUUUGUUUUCUUAGUGUUUUUUUUCUUCCUUUUUUGUGUUUGCCAAUACAAUAAGCACUUUGUGCCAAAGUUUCAAGCUUUUUCGCCCAUUCUUGAGAUUGAAACUAAAAUAUUAUUUCUUCUUUUUCUUCAUCAAAGUGAGUGAUUCCAAGUCUGUACUCAACUGGAAAAAUAUUAAUUACUACAAGUCCACCCACAGUUAAUUACUAUAUCAAGUUCUGUAUGCAUCUAUAAUGAUCAGUUUCUUAUCUAUAUCUUUCAAGCUUCAAAAGUACUUAGUGGGGUUCCACUUCAUGUUUUCUAGUAACAGUAAAUAUGUUGCUACUUGAGCAAGAAUUCAUUUGAAGCUGAUCCAUUGGUGGGUUUUUUAUAUCACUUUUGAGCUUUUUUUUUUUGGAUUGAAAAUGGAUUCUGCGGGGGUUCCUGAGAAUCUGAAGAAACAGCUUGCUCUUGCGGUGAGAAGUAUUCAGUGGAGCUAUGCAAUCUUCUGGUCCAUUUCAGCUUCACAGCCUGGGGUCUUGGAAUGGCGUAAUGGUUACUACAAUGGUGAUAUUAAGACCAGAAAAACAAUUCAAGCAGUUGAACUCAAUGCUGACCAAUUGGGUUUGCAAAGGACUGAGCAAUUGAGAGAAUUAUAUGAAUCCCUCUCUGCUGGUGAGAGCAGUCCACAUGCUAGAAGACCAUCAGCAGCAUUAUCCCCAGAAGAUCUCACUGAUACUGAGUGGUACUUUUUGGUCUGCAUGUCAUUUGUAUUCAACAUUGGUGAAGGGUUGCCAGGAAGGGCAUUGGUUAAUGGUCAACCUAUCUGGCUAUGCAAUGCUCAUUAUGCAGAUAGCAAAGUGUUCAGUCGUUCUCUUCUAGCAAAGAGUGCAUCUAUUCAGACAGUUGUAUGCUUUCCAUAUUUGCAAGGUGUGGUUGAGCUGGGUGUAACUGACUUGGUAACUUUUCUAUCAGAAUUCUGUUUCUCUGUAAUCAUUCUGAAUUUUUCUCUUAGUAAAAUUUUGCUGCAAUUUUGUCAUCUUGCUCUUUUAUGUUUUCUCCAGGUUUUGGAGGACCCUGGUUUCAUUCAGCACAUUCAAACUUCAUUCUUGGAGAUUCCAUAUCCCAUAGUUUCCUGUAAGUCUAGCGGUGCUGGUGGGAAUGUGAGAAAUGAUAACAAUUUUGCUUGUGCAGCAGUCAAUCCGCAGAGACUUCAAAGCAAAAUGGUUCCGGUUGUAGGAUGUGAAGUGUUAGAAAUGGCUUCUCCCAGCGGUUCAAAUGGUUGUGAGCCACCCAACCAACCAGCAGAAGAUUCGUUAAUGGCUGAAGGCGUAAAUUGGGUGGCUUCGCAAGUACAAAGCUGGCAGUUCUUAGAUGACGAGUUCAGUAACUGCGUCCACCAUUCGGUGAACUCUAGUGACUGUGUAUCUCAAACAUUUGUGGAUCCAGGAAAAGUUGUCUCCACUUCCAUAAAUGGCAACGCAAUCGACCAGGCUAUGCAAGAAGUUAAAGAAUGCCCUCACGCUAAACUUACUUCAUUGGAUCCUGGAAGCAAAGAUCUACAUUACCAAACUGUUCUUUCAGCCCUUCUAAAGACCUCCCAUCAGUUAAUUUUGGGGCCACAAUUUCACAACUGCAAUCAUGAAUCCAGCUUUGUUAGUUGGAAGAAGGGUGGACUGAUGAAUGGUUUGAUUCAAAGAGAUUCAGUCCCCCAAAAAUUAUUGAAGAAGAUUUUGUUUGAAGUUCCUCGAAUGAAUCACAAUAGAUCAGUUGAAUCCCCAGAAGAUACCGGCACCAAAGACAGUCUUUGGAGACCAGAAGCCGAUGAAAUCGCUUCAAGCCAUGCAUUGUCAGAGAAGUCGCGAAGAGAUAAGCUAAAUGAAAGAUUCAUUAUUCUCAAAUCCAUUGUCCCUUCUUUCCAAAAGUCUGACAAAAUAUCUAUACUAGAUGACACAAUAGAAUACCUGCAAGAGCUUGAAAGAAAGGUCGAAGAACUCGAAUCCCGCAGAGAAGCACCAGAGUUAGAGGCAAGAACAAAUGUAAAGUCCCAGCAUUCAGCUGAGAGGACAUCUGAUAAUUAUGGCAACAACAAUAUCAGUAACAGAAAGAAGCUGCAGGUAAACAAGCGAAAGGCUUGCGACAUUGAUGAAAUGGAGCCAGAGAUGGAAUAUUCUGCCAUAAAAGAUAGUUCAACAGAUGAUAUAACAGUCAGUAUCAAUGACAAGAAUGUUCUAAUUGAAAUCAAGUGUCCUUGGAGGGAGGGAGUCUUGCUUGAGAUCUUGGAUGCUUUAAGCAGUCUUCAUUUAGAUUCACAUUCUGUUAAAUCAUCCACCAUUGAAGGAACUCUGUCACUCACAAUUCAAUCUAAGUACAAGGGAUCAACAGUGGCAUCAAUGGGGAUGAUAAAAAGAUCACUUCAAAGAGUGGCAUGGAAAUGCUGAAUCUUGUCUUCUGCUCACUGCUGUAGAAUUUGUCUAAUCCUGCAAUGCAGCUUUCAUCAUUUUAUUCUAUAGUGUAACAAGGAAAGGUUAUGUGGAUCAUAGAGGUUUACAAACACAUUCCUGGGGAUUUUCCUUGGGCAUAUUUGAGUAAUUACGGGUUAAAUAAAAUGGAAAAAAAUAUAGUACAAGA